AUAUCCUUGCCUCUAUCCCCUCAAAUGGAUCUUGAGGCCGCUCUGAAGGAAUGCGGCGCCGCCCUCGACCUCUUUCUGAACAACAGGUUCGCUGAUGCACUGGCUGUUUUGAAACCCUGGAAGAGCCAGAGCAUGUACCACGCCAUGGGCUACAGCAGCAUCUUGGUGAUGCAGGCAGGCAUGACCUUUGACCCAGCUGACAUGGAUGCCGCCAUGUCGUCACUGAGAGAAUCCCUGCAGACGUGUCAGGGAUUUCGGAAAAAAACGGGAUUCGUGGAGACUCUGACCAGCAUGUGGUACAGACAACCAGCUGACAGUAUGACGGAGGAGGAGGUGCAUGCGGAGCUGUGCUAUGCUGAGGUUCUCCUCCAGAAGGCAGCGCUCACGUUCCUGGAUGAGAGUAUCAUCGGCUUCAUCAAGGGCGGAAUGAGAAUACGUAACAGUUAUCAGAUUUACAAGGAUUGCCAGGCCAUGGCCCUUGUUGCAAAAGAACUGGAAAAACAGAAGAGUACACACGUUCAUUUUCGAGGAGGCGUCAACAUGGGCAUCGGAUCCUUUAACCUGAUGCUGUCUCUGCUUCCAGCCAAAGUCAUCAGGCUGAUGGAGUAUUUGGGCUUCUCAGGAGACAGGGAGUUGGGCUUGUCGCAGUUGAGAGAAGGAGCAACCAGCAAUAGCCUGCGCUCGAUCCUCAGCACCCUGACCCUGCUGAUGUUCCAUCUCUACAUCACAGUCAUACUCGGUACUGGUGAAGGAGACCUGGUCGAGUCUGAAGCUUUGCUUGAACCCUACACCAAAAAGUUCCCGAAUGGGGCGCUCAUUCUCUUCUACACUGCAAGAAUUGCAUUGCUCAAAGGAAACUUCACCUUUGCCCAGGAGAAGUUCCUGGCGUGUAUCGCAGCACAGCAGGAGUGGCAUCAGAUUCACCACCUCUGCUACUGGGAGCUGAUGUGGGCCUACUCCUUUGAACAGAACUGGAAGGAGGCGUAUCGAUACGCUGACCUCCUCUGCAAGGAGAGCAAGUGGUCCCAGGCUACGUAUGUGUACCAGAAGGCUGCCAUCUUGAGCAUGCUCCCAGAGGAAGAAGUGACCGAACUGGGAGAAGACGUGGUGGAAUUAUUCAGGAAGGUGGAAGGUCUCAGACUGAGGAUCGCUGGGAAAUCCAUUCCAACAGAGAAGUUUGCAGCAAAGAAGGCCCAGCGAUACUCGUCCUCCAGCCCUGUGAAACUGGUCAUCCCUGCAUUGGAAAUGAUGUACGUGUGGAACGGCUUCACAAUAGUUGGAAAAAGGCCUGAGAAGACUGAAGGCAUCUUGAACACCUUGGAAAAAGCAGAGCAGCAGCUCAGAGAUGAUCCAAACCCAUCAGAGUAUCACGUAGACGACCUGUGUGUCGUCCAGCUGCUGAAGGGCUUGUGUCUCAGACAGUUGGGUCGUCUGGUCCAGGCUGAGAAGUGCUUCAACCAGGUCAUCUCCAGUGAAAAUGAGAUCAAGCAUGAGAACUACCUGGUGCCGUACAGCAUGUAUGAGCUGGGCCUGGUGCACAGGCAGAAAGGCGACAUCAAGAUGGCCAUCACAGUGAUCGAAAAUGUCAAGCUGAACUACAAAGACUACAACAUGGAGUCCAGGCUUCAUUUCCGAAUUCAUGCGGCGCUCAACACAAUGAGCUCCUAUGCGGCCAAACUCCACCCUUCACGUACUCCAGCAUAA